AUGCAAUAUUUGAGAUGGAUUCUACUGAUGGCACUCAUGACCAUCGUUCCGUGUGUAAUUGGACAACACUUCCGAAACCUUCAUUUGGAGCCAUGGUUUGCACAAUGUCUGCGCAAGUUUUAUAAAAGAUUUAACAAUGUAGAGAACUCUGUCGGACUAACUAUAAAACAGUACUGCACAAUGUCAGCAGAAUGGAAUAAUAUGCGAACUACUAAAAUAAGCAAAAGAUUUUUAGAUCGAAAUCCUCUAGCUCGAAGCUACUUAAAUAAGCUGGAGAGAAGAAUUGUGGAAAAGACACGCAAGGACAGAGUGAAGAGGCAGGUACUCGAUCAAAGAGUACGAAAGGAAUACCGCAUGAUGACAGAUGAAGAAAGGAACCGUUUCCAUAGGGCUGUUUAUAAAAUGAAAACGACAAUGGAAGGGGAAGUAACGAGAUAUGAAGCGUUCGCAGCUUAUCACUCUGGAGAUACCCAAUUUACAGCUCACGGGGGAUGCAACUUCCCUGGCUGGCACAGGAUUUACCUCCUCAUGUUUGAGGAGGCUCUAAACAUCGAAGAACCAGAAUUGGGAGGUAUUCCUUACUGGGAUUCUACGAUGGACUCUAACCUUGGUGCACUGGCACGUGAUUCCAUUAUGUGGACGGCAGAAUUUGCCGGAAACGGAAAUGGAACAGUAACGGAGGGAGUAUUUGGUGGACCUACGUCAGAAAACGAUCUUAUGCGUAAUGUAGGAAUGUCCGGGCAAUUGUUCACUGAAGAGGAUAUCAUAAAUAUAACAUCACGUGUGCGAUUUGGAGAAAUUUGUGGAAAUGCCGAACCAGAAUUUGAUAUAGAAUUUAAACAUGGCCCUAUACAUAUUUAUGUAGACGGACAAAUGGGGGUUAUACGUACUGCUGCAUUAGAUCCUGUGUUUUUUCUACAUCACGCAUUCGUAGACUUUAUAUGGGAAAUGUUUAGGGAAAACUCCGAGAGAAACGGUGUAGAUAUCGAAAACGACUACCCUGAGGAGUUUGGAGAUAUAUUUCAUGCUCCUGAUGUACGACUGGAUUUAGAUCCAUCUAUUUUUGUCGCGGACUGCUUACAAAAACGUUUUAGUGCUGGUUACCGUUAUGCACCACGGCCAACAUGUGAUACAUUAAGAUGGCAUUGUGGUAGCAAAUGGCUUAGAUGCAUUGAUCACCCAAGAUACGGUCCCAAAUGUGUUCCAAUUCUGAGAGGAGAGGAGCCGACAGAACCAACGACAACUACAACAACUACGUCUACUACAACCACCACAACUACAACCACCACUACUCCAGCUCCAACCACCACAACAACCACACCUACAACCACAACAACGAAACGUCCAGAUUGUCCAACCCUCCCGCCACCACCACCUCCUCAUCCACCUCGAAAACAUGGUUACGGCGUCGACGAUGGACUGGUUAUAAUACCAACACAGAAUACUUUUGGUGUCAAUGGAGACUAUGAUACCAGACAUUGGAUGUAUCUACCAGUUAGGAUAACUGUUAGGCGACCGAACGACUAUAAGGCAUAUCACUCGUAUCCAGUUAAAAACGGUAAAGUACAACACCAGAGUGAUGUAUACUCCCCACAGUCAGACCAAAAGAAGGUGUAUAACUACGUAAAACCAGGACAGCCAAAACGUUACGAAAACUGUCAAACAUCCAAAAGCGGAGCUGGAGUAGUCUAUGUUCAAACUGAUGGCAUCAACUACGAGGGCAAAUACACCGAGUAUGCAGUUGUUGACAAUCGACUGGCUAUUUCAGUAGCAUUAGCCUAUGUAGCAGUGAAAGAUCCCGGGAGAGGCAUCAGUGAAGUUCUAUUUACGGCCUAUGAUAAUUGUGGCAGAGUUUGCCAUCCUUCCUGUUUGAAUCUGAUUACGAGGAAAUAUGAACGGUGCACCGGUGCCAUGCGAAUCACCAACCCAAAAGAGUACAUGUACACCAACAGCAGCAGUUACGGAGAAUCGGUGGAGAAGGUUUGGGAAUUUGGCAAUGAUUGCCCUCAGUUUAAAACUGAUAAUAUCCACGUCUCCUUCUUCUGUGACUAUAGUCAGAGAUGGCCUUGGCCGGAUGCGCUGAAACAGAAAGACAUACAAAUGCAAGUUCCUGCUAGUAUGAAAAGGUCUCCAAAAAAUACCGCCCUUCAAUCAUCAAAGCCAGCGCAAUUUAGUGCUCCUUCAUUAAAAAUUUGUAAACCGAAGGUUAGCUCUUUCCAGUCUUGCCCAAUAAGGAGAGAACAGUGUAAUGCACGUUGUAUAAAUGGAGAAAGAUUCGCAUGUACCAAUAAAUGCCACGUGUUCUCAGAGUGCCAGGGGAAUAGUAUUUAUGUCGUCCGCUGUCCAAGAUAUCAAAACUUCAAUCCUGAAACCAAAGCGUGUGACAGUCAUUACAAGUGUCCCGUGCUCCCACCAAAGCGGCCCCAAGGGACCUCCAGAAACCGUUUCCUCGAACUGGCACGACUCAGACGUCUUCGCUACCGUCAGCAAAUGGCUAGAAACUCCGGACAUUUAGACCCUGAGCCACACACAGCCCAAACUCAUAGUGAUCCACACCCUGGAAACGGUCACGGUACUCCUAUGUCUAGCGCGCACACACGUAACAGCCAUGUUACGAGAGACUGGCGAUCCAGAAGACAGUGGCGAAGAAGUGGUUAA